GAUAGCAAGUUUCUUUUUCCCUUCUUCAAACUUUCUCAUUGUUUCUUUUCUACCUACUAUCUUCUCCGUACCCUUUUCUAUCAAUUAACAUAUGCUAUUUUCCACUGUUUUGUCACAUCGCACCUUAUAUAUACUCACAUGUCCUAAUACACUCAUACACUCAUACACACACCCACAUAUACAUGCAUAUCUAGCUUUCACUGGUUUCUUAACACAACUCCAUCAUCUAGAGAUAUCUUGCCUUCUUCUUCUUUUUUUCUCACUAUCUUCUCUCCUAAAGUUAAUGGCUGAUCCAGAUUGUAUCUUCAGAAAUGGAUAUGUAGACUACUAUAACUAUAGCUUCAACUAUGCCACUUCCCUCUCACGCAUCUACAACUCUCAUGACAGCUUUUAUUAUCCUCACCAGACGACAAACCCAAACAUCAACGAAAACCCUAAUUUGACUUCACCUGACUCUCCUCCACUUAGAGAAGCCCUCCCUCUCCUUAGCUUAAGCCCCAUUCAUAAGCAUCAAGAACCUACUGCUAACCACCAUGAGUACUAUUUCAUGGAGACGACAGAAACUUCCUCUAAUUCAAACUUUCUUGAUCAAUGCCAAGACAGUUAUCGUCAUGAUGUAACCGUGGAUCUUCAUCUAGGGUUACCAAACCUCGGUGAUGGUGGAAGCAGCAGCAGCGAUGUGGUCCUUGAUUCCACCGACCACCAAGAGGGUCACCAUGAUCAUCAUCAAGAUCAAGGACUUGAAGUUACUAUGGCUUCUGACCAUGAUGAUGAACAUGGUGGCUUACAAAGGGGUAAUCAUCUUCAUCACUUUUGGAUCCCGACUCCUUCUCAGAUUCUGAUGGGUCCAACACAGUUCUCUUGUCCUCUAUGCUUCAAGACUUUCAACAGAUACAACAACAUGCAAAUGCACAUGUGGGGACAUGGUUCACAAUACAGAAAAGGACCGGAGUCGCUGAGAGGGACACAACCAACGGCGAUGCUGAAGCUGCCUUGCUACUGCUGUGCACCGGGCUGCAAGAACAACAUAGACCACCCAAGGGCUAGGCCGCUCAAGGACUUCCGUACGCUUCAGACACAUUACAAGCGGAAGCACGGUGUGAGGCCCUUUGCUUGUCGUAGGUGUGGGAAGGCAUUUGCGGUCAAAGGAGAUUGGAGGACUCACGAGAAGAACUGUGGGAAGCUAUGGUAUUGCUCAUGUGGGUCGGAUUUUAAGCACAAGAGGUCACUUAAAGACCACGUUAAGGCCUUUGGGAAUGGUCAUGUCCCUUGUUGUGGAAUUGAUCAUGAGGAAGAGGAGGCUGCUUCUGAUGUCGAGCAGCAAGAAUGAUCGUGUUUAGUGUUGUUGUUGUUUCGAGCAUUAAUUAAUUGUAUGCUUUAUGCUUGUGAUUUCUUCUUCGUCGUCUUUGCUUUUUUUAGGGAUUAGUAUAAUUAUUAAUGGGAAUAGCAGAAGCUUUAAAUUUACUGUAUUAAUUGACUAUUGAGGUCUUUGUUAACAAAUGUUAGAACGUAUCCUAAAAAAAGUUUUUAGAAUGUGUCUUAUUUGAUAUA